ACUGAUCAGAUAUUCUUUUUAUAUUUUGAAAACUUAAUGACCUUUUUUAAAUAAUUCUGCUUACUUGUUAUAUUUAUUACAAAAUGGUUUAAUCACCUUGCAAACAGACAAAAAUUUAAGUGCAGCAAAUUUAGGUUACAGAAAAAUUGUACUCACUUAAUAGAUUAACAGAAUGCAUUCUGCCAUCAAAAACAUAAAAUGCUUGAAACGCCAAGUCUCGCAAUGCAGUUCUACAAAAAAAGUUCGCAUUUACGCAUUUGGAUUUAAUUUGUAGUACUUCAGUUUCUCUGAUUCUUCACAAGUUCUUUACUGUUCUACUUGUGCUUACCCAUAUUUUGCUGAUGUUUACCGAUCAGAUUGUCCAUUUCUUCGUAGCUAGAUUCUUUUUGGAAUGACUACCGGCUCUCUGUGGACCGUCCUUCCGAGUUAUGUUGCCGAAAUAGCCCCGGAUUCAAACAGAUGAUUCUUCGGUACAAUAGCGGGAGUUAUGGGUGCUGCAGGAACAAUUGUAUCUUAUUUAGCUGGACCCUACGUAUCGUUAUUGACUUUUAGUAUAGUAAACCUGAUACAUUUGGUACUUUUCUUUAUUUUAUACGGCUUGUUUUCUCCAGAUAGUCCGUACGACUUGAUUAUAAAAGGAAAACGUUCCUUGAUAUCUUUGGUACUUUUCUUUAUUUUAUACGGUUUGUUUUCUCCAGAUAGUCCGUGCGACUUGAUUAUAAAAGGAAAGCUUGCAGAGGCUGAAAGCAGCUUAUCAAAACUUCGUUGCAAUUCCAAUGUUGAAAAGGAAUUAAGCCACAUUUCCAGUUCCAUUAACUCUGGUAAUAAUAAAACAUUUAUCGACUUGUUUAGAGAUAGAGGUCUAAAAAAAGCUUUAAAAAUUGGCAUGCUUUUAAUGGCAUUCCAGCAAUUACCAGGUAUCGGUGCUGUUCUUUCAUAUACUGAAACCAUUUUCGUUAUGGCGGGAAGUACCAUAAGAGCAGACAUUUCGGCUAGUGUAAUUGGUGGUGUAUCGUUAUUUUCUGUUAUAAUCAGUAGCCGAUUGAUAGACACUAUGGGAAGAAAAAUUCUUCUUGUCAUAUCGUGCACUUUGGCCUUUAUUUCGUUAUCGGCAUUAUCAGUUUAUUUCCUUCUUUAUGACAACGGUGUUGAUACUUUUCCGAUAUUUUGGUUACCAAUUGUCAGUUUGAUAGCGUACAUUCUCGGUUUCAAUAUAGGUUUAGCAGCUCUCCCUUGGGUAAUACUAGGCAAAGUAUUUUCUUCCAACGUUAAAAAUAGUGCUUCUUUUAUUGUUUGCGUUACAAAUUACGUAAUAUGCCUGGGUGUGACUAUAAGCUUUUCUUAUUUAGUGCAGCUAGCUGGAAUAGGUAGUACUUUUCUUGUUUUUGCUGUAAUAAUGCUAGCGGGAGCAAUAUAUUGCUAUACUGUUGUGGCUGAAACGAAAGAAAUAAGUUUUCAGGAUAUUCAAAUAAUGUUGAAUGUUAAAACUUAAUGUCAUAUACUGUAAAUAAAAAUGUUAGAAAUUUGUACAUAACAGUUGUAAAAGUUAAAUCGUUAAUUAUAUUGUAAUAUACUGUGUUAAUUUUUA